CAGCCAUAAAUAUACACACUGUAAAAAAUCAUCCACAUCGUACAGAAAAUCUAAAUAUUAGAGCAAGAGUACACGGUAAAUAAUUGUCUGAAUCAUCUGACAAUGAUAUAAAUUAUUGUAAACAUUGUGCAAAGAAGAACUGAGCUGUGAUAACAGUCAGAGGGAAUCACUGCUAUGGCAGCAGAGUUGCAGCAGUAGGUUUGAGAAGUCGCUCUUCUGCUCCUCCUGCAUGUGCAGGGUGGUUAGACCUCCAAGAUGGACAUAGGUUGGAUCAGAAUCCUCCUCUCCACUAUCUCCAAGUCCAGCCUGCAAUGUUAGUUCAUUCUGUUGGUUGGUUUCACUGGCUUUGAUCAAAAUAAUGAUGGUCCAAAUUCAGCCCAGAUUAAUUCAGCUGAAAACAAUGCAAUCAUACAGUACCAUUCAGAUCCAGUCAUGUUCAGACUAAUAUACAAAGUCAGCUGGUCAUACAGAACCAACAGGUAGAAUUUCAGGAAGCCCAGCUGAUGACAGUUGAGUUACACUUAGUAGCAUUAUUGGUUUAAAGGCGUAGGACAAUGUGCUGGAAACUUUCAUGUGUAUUGCUUCCAUACUAUAGAUAAUUGGCUUUGUAUUUAUUUUGUAAAGAUGUCUAGUUGACUCCAACAUUUCCUCUGAGUACUAUUACAGGCAGUUACAGAACCGAGACUGAGUCUAGUCCAAUAAGGGCUUUUAUUGUGAAGUUGAUCGUACUGCGCAUGUGUGGAUGACCAGGAAGUGAUCAUAGGGAGCAGCUGACUGAACCUUUAUUGAGCUUUUUCACAGCACUUUACACUGUAGCUUCAUUUACACACCAACACGGAGAUCGGUAGACAACUUGAGGUUAAGUGCCUUGCCCAGGGGCACAUCGACAUGUAGCAGGAGGAAACUGGAAUUGGACCCACAACGUUUAGAUUGCAAGACCACUACUCUCCCUACGGAGCCUCGGUCGAUCUCAGGUUGCUCCAGCAUCUGUGGACCUGAAGCCGUAUUUCCUGCUACAGCUCCACCAUGACCACCAAGUCAUCUGUGUCUCUGCUUCUGUUCUCCUGGUCCAGAUUCAGGUUCUGUGCAUCCAGAGCCCCCUGCUCCACAUUCGGACCAUUAAUCCAGACAACUCCUCCUUCUCACAUCUCGGUCUGCAGACGCUCUUUGUCCAGUACCGUUAAAGUGCGCUCCUAUCUUCAGUAUGUAAAACGUAAGAUCAAGUCCCCUCCCAGUCCCCCGUACAGCCAUGUGUGCCAGGUAGGAGAUCCUGUCCUGCGUUCUCAUGCAGCGGCUGUUGACCCAGCAGCCAUAACGGGCCUGGAGAUCCAGAAGGUGCUUGGGACUAUGGUAAAAGUGAUGAGGAAGCUGGAGUGCGUAGGGCUGAGUGCGCCUCAGAUUGGGGUGCCGCUCCGCAUCCUGAUGCUUGAAUAUCCAUGGAAGCUUUUUGAGGAGGUUUCUCCUGCAGCCAGGGAGGCCCGCGGUCUCUCUGUGCAGCCCCUCAGGAUCUUUGUGAACCCUGAGCUCCGGGUUCUGGACAGUCGGACAGUGCUGUUUCAGGAGGCCUGUGAGAGCAUCUCGGGCUUUUCUGCUACGGUGCCUCGCUACCUGUCAGUGGAAGUUUCUGGGUUGAAUGAAAAGGGUGAAGCGGUCACAUGGCAGGCCAGCGGCUGGUCAGCCCGGAUCCUCCAGCAUGAGAUGGACCACCUGGACGGGGUCCUGUACCUUGACCGCAUGGACACCAAAACCUUCAUCAAUAUCAACUGGCAGGAGCACAAUGAAUAACAAGGCCCCGUCAGCCGGCCCAAAGUAUAAUGAAGUGGCAGGCAGACAGUUGAAAUGGUGUUCCUCAACAACAUCUUGUUGCUUUAAACCUUUGAGUUUCUGUCAGCCCCAGCUUGAUGGUGAAAAGCUGGAAGUACCAAGGACAAGUGGACUUUCACCAUGUGUCUGAAGAACCAAACGGGUCAAUUGUGACUAUAAUAAAAUAUACGAAUGAUAAGA